UGUUCUCUUUACAACAUCCUCACUCAAUGACAAGCAUGCUAGUUCCCUUUAUGCAACAACAAAAAAGAAAAAAAAUACUGUUUCUUUUAUCUUGGGUCUGACACAAGAUUUUUGGUGAAUGUGAUUCAGAAAAGCAGAAGUGCGUUGUGAUCUGAAUGUUACCUUAAACAAAAGAAACCAACUUGAGGGCUGGUUUCUAUCUAGUAACUCCAUCAGCCACCAUAAGCAGGCUUAACUCUCUGUGAGCACCUGGUUGUAGUAAAUUUUCAAUUCAAUGGCAAUGAUAAGAAGAGAAGUUUGUCUAUGUUUUGUGGCUUUUCUAUGUUUAUGGUCUUCUGCAAAUGGAUUACUUUCUUCCAAAGGUGUAAACUUUGAAGUACAAGCUUUAAUGGGAAUAAAAGAGCUUUUAAAGGAUCCCCAUGGUGUCCUUGAGAAUUGGGAUGCUGAUUCUGUUGAUCCAUGUAGCUGGACUAUGGUCACCUGUUCUCCAGAGUUCCUUGUCACUGCCCUAGGUACUCCUAGUCAGAAUUUAUCUGGUACUCUAUCUCCAAGCAUAGGCAACUUAACAAAUCUUGAGAUUUUGCUCUUACAGAACAACAACAUUACAGGGCCAAUACCAGCAGAGCUAGGGAAGCUCUCAAAGCUUCAAACGCUUGAUCUUUCUAAUAACUUCUUCAAUGAGGAAAUUCCUCCCUCUCUUGGUCAUCUGGGAGACCUCCAAUACAUGCGGCUUAACAAUAACAGUCUCACUGGAGCAUUUCCGUUGUCAUUGGCUAGCAUGACCAAACUUGCCUUUCUUGACUUGUCCUACAACAAUUUUAGUGGACCGGUACCCAGAUUUGCUGCUAAAAGUUUCAACAUUGUUGGAAACCCUCUGAUCUGUCCUACAGGUUCUGAACCAGACUGCAAUGGGACAACACUCAUGCCAAUGUCCAUGAACUUGAAUAGUUCAGAACCUACUCUACCUUCUGGCGGACCUAAAAGGCACAAAAUAGCCCUUGCCUUUGGCUUGAGCCUCGGAUGUCUCUGUCUGAUGGCUCUUGGAUUUGGUUUAUUACUGUGGUGGAGGCAAAGGCAUAACCAACAGAUAUUCUUUGAUGUUAAAGACCGGCAUCAUGAAGAGGUAUCCCUUGGAAACUUGAAAAGAUUCCAAUUCAGGGAACUUCAAAUUGCGACGAACAACUUCAGCAGCAAAAGCAUACUUGGAAAGGGUGGUUUUGGAAAUGUGUACAAAGGAGUUCUCCAAGAUGGGAGUGUUGUAGCUGUCAAGAGGCUUAAAGAUGGAAAUGCCAUUGGAGGAGAGAUCCAAUUCCAGACUGAAGUUGAAAUGAUCAGCCUAGCAGUUCACCGAAACCUCCUUAGGUUAUAUGGGUUUUGUAUGACACCCACAGAAAGGCUUCUAGUUUACCCAUACAUGUCAAAUGGCAGCGUUGCUUCUCGUCUCAAAGAGAAACCAGUGUUGGACUGGGGCACUAGGAAGAGAAUUGCCUUAGGAGCUGGCAGAGGACUUUUGUACCUUCAUGAACAGUGUGACCCAAAGAUAAUUCAUAGGGAUGUGAAGGCUGCAAAUAUAUUGCUUGAUGACUAUUGUGAGGCUGUGGUGGGAGAUUUUGGGUUGGCAAAGCUUUUGGAUCACCAAGAUUCACACGUCACCACUGCAGUGAGAGGAACAGUGGGGCAUAUAGCUCCAGAAUAUCUUUCCACAGGACAGUCCUCUGAUAAAACAGAUGUCUUUGGAUUUGGCAUCCUUCUCCUAGAACUUAUUACAGGCCAGAGAGCACUAGAAUUUGGAAAGGCAGCUAACCAGAAAGGUGCCAUGCUUGAUUGGGUUAAGAAAAUUCAUCAGGAGAAAAAGCUUGAAAUGCUUGUGGAUAAGGAUCUUAAAAGCAACUACGACCGAAUUGAGCUUGAGGAAAUGGUUCAAGUGGCACUCUUGUGCACCCAAUACCUUCCAAGCCACAGACCCAAGAUGUCAGAAGUAGUUCGAAUGCUUGAGGGUGAUGGCCUUGCAGAAAGAUGGGAAGCUUCUCAAAGAGUAGAAUCAACCAAGUGCAAGCCCCAUGAGUUUUCUGCAUCAGAUAGAUAUUCCGAUCUCACUGAUGACUCUUCAUUGCUAGUCCAAGCAAUGGAGCUUUCUGGCCCUAGGUGAAUUCAUUCCAAAAUUGAUUCAAUUUUUUUUUUGAAAGUUAGAGAUAAUUGAAGGAACAAGUUAUAGUUAAAGCUAUUCCACAAAAGUAAUGAAGAACGGAAUUUUGUGUUGUAUAAUAGUGAUUUAUAGAGUUCCGAAGGGCUUUGAUGUUUUCUUCAAUUCUCAAUUGUACAGAAUAUUUGAGUAACUGACAUUUUCAGAAAGUAAAAUUUCUUAUUGGUCUUCUUA